AUGCAGACUGCUUCUACAAACAUUUGUGAAAGAAUGGCAAUAAGUCCAUCUGUAAAAUUUCCUUCCUACUAAAUAUUCUACGCUCAACUGUUAGUGGUAUUAUAACAAAGUGGAAGUAACUGGGAACAACAGUAACUCAGCCAUAAAAUGAUCGUAAAAUGACAGAGUGGGGUCACCGCAUGCUGAAGCACAUGGUGUUCAGAAGUCACCAACUGUCUGCAGAGUCAAUAGCUAAAGACCUCCAAACUUCAUGCGGCAUUCAGAUUAUCACAAAAGUGAACAGAGAGCUUCAUGGAAUGGGAUUCCAUGGCCAAGCAGCCGCAUCAAAGUCUCACAUCACCAAGAGCAAUGCAAAGUGUCAGAUGCAGUGGUGUAAAGCAUGCUGCCACUGGACUCUA